GCUCUAUGAGCCACCUCAACGUUAAACUUCCUCCUCUUCGGACGGACACUGCUAUCGCGUUGAAUCGCCUUCAGCAGGAUGGACGUCAUACUGGCCAUUGUGGCGGCACUGUAAACCCUUUGGCUUUGCCGCCCCCGAGCCCGGUCCCGGCAAUUACAGGUCAUGACCUCAUGGCCAUGUUUCCCCCGAAGUCGCCGCAGACGGUGCGCAUGGGCAGCGCAGCGAGCUGCACCGUCUUCGCCCAACAGGAGCGGGCUUUUCUCUCGAGCCCGCCAACGGCGCGGGGCUUGCCGAGACACGACUCAGGCACUACGGACCGUGUGGAGACUGUUCAUUCGGCGAAGAUGAGCGCGCCACAGAGCUCAGCCCCUUCGCCGACGGCAGCAACCCUAAGCGGGGAUAAGCUUCCUGAUGGAAAAGACGAGCGAGAGGUUACGGCAAACAAUGAUCGUCGCCUCGCUGGAUACGGUCUUUCUUCUCAGAAGGGCCGCGCUAGCAUGAAAGACUCGGGAAUGCGGCGGUCUCGCUCUCGUGCAUGCUCCGAUGCGGCAAAGAACCAGGGUGCGCAUGACACUCUCGCCUUCGGAGCUCGGCAUCCCAAGCAGCCCGUUGACGAAGCCUUGCCUGUUGCUGACUGCCUCGGGAGCAAUGGGAAGCCAUCCAUAACCGCUAUUCACGCUCGCCGGCUCGACAGGGAGACAGGCCUCACUUUCAUCGAAACCAACUACAAGAAGGGUAACGAAGCUCCAUUUGUAUUCGUGAACCAGGUUAUGUGACAACUCGCUCGAAUGCUCUCGCCUGAAGGGGGGCCAAACACUGAAACGUCCUAUGUAUCCGUGCUUUUCUCCAUCCUCUGUAAAUAUUCUUUAUGCAUGUCAGUAACCGCUGAUGCAUGCCUGCGCCUGCGUGUAUCCACGCUCUGUGAGUCUUCAACACGGCUUCACACUGUAGUAGACGAGUCUUGUAGCCCCAGUUAGAAUUCCAUU